AUGAAUAAAAUUGCUUUUAUUACACUUGAAACUUAUACUAGGUGUCGUGGGUGGGGUGUUUGUUUUAAAAGCUUCAAAAUGGCAGAACUGGCAGCUUUGCUCCAAACCGACAUUCCAGAAGGACGAAACCACCUCACUGACAGUCAUACAAAUCUUGAAAGAGUGGCAGAAUAUUGUGAAGCCAAUUACUUUCAAUCUGAAAAUAAGAGACUUGCUUUAGAAAGCACCAAGAACUAUACAACACAAUCAUUGGCUAGCGUUGCUUAUCAAAUCAAUACCCUUGCAUAUAACUUCCUCCAACUUCUAGAAUUACAGACUAUGCAAUUGGCAGAAAUGGAAGGUCAAAUGAACCACAUUGCACAAACAGUUGCUAUACAUAAAGAGAAAGUAGCUAGAAGGGAAAUAGGAGUCCUAACUGCAAAUAAAGUGACUAAUCGGCAAUAUAAAAUUAUUGCACCAGCAAAUCCAGAGAAGCCAAUAAAAUAUGUGCGAAAAGGAAUUGAUUAUUCUGCUCUUGAUGAUAUUGGGCAUGGAGCACGCUGGAACAAUGGCAGCACAGGAACACCACGAGGCCGUCGGUCAGGAUCUGCACCAGGAGCUGGUCCUCUUCCUGCACCAACAACAAAGCCACCUACUCCUCCAGCUGUUGUACGUUCAGCAUCUGCUGCUAAUACUGGCACUCUUGGACGAGGAACACUUGGCAAGUCUUCCCGCGAGUAUCGUACGCCGCCUGCGGUGGCGCCGCCUCAGGUGCCUUCGCACUACGCGCCCAACUACCCGCGCCGUCCACCAGGUUACUCUACACUGCCGGUUACACAACCACAAGUGGGCAUGGUUCACCCAAAUCAACACCAAUCCCCAUCCAACUACUCCCAACAGGAUCUUCAUUCGAGCAUGCCACCUCCACCGUCUCCACUUAUUGGUUCUGAUGGAGAGCACAGCCAGCACUCCAUGAGCCUGCCUGGACAUCGCGCGUCGUCGUCGUCGGCGUCGGGCGGCGGGUCGGCGCGCGGCGGGUCGGUGUCGCCGCCGCUGCCGCCGCCGCCGCUGGACGACGAGCUCGCCGCCGACGCCUUCGGCCGGCCGCUACACAUACAGAACAAGAUGGGCACUCAGUACACAAACGCUGUGCCGGCCAUCGUGCCUGACGAGGAAGAUUUACCUGGAUGGGUGCCUAAGAACUACAUCGAAAAAGUGGUAGCCAUAUACGACUACUACGCGGACAAAGAAGACGAGCUGUCGUUCCAAGAGAGCGCAGUUAUCUACGUGUUGAAGAAAAACGACGAUGGUUGGUGGGAGGGCGUCAUGGACGGCGUCACGGGACUCUUCCCCGGCAACUACGUCGAGCCUUGCGUC